GACCCUCUGGAUUGUUAAUACGUGAAAGAAUACGUAAGAAACAAAGAUAACCGUCACACGCUACUCAGGAAAAGAAAAUAAGGCAAACUCUAAAACCACGCUUGGGGCGGCGAUGGCCAAGCGGGGGAACCUUGACCAGUCAAGCACAGAGAAACACAACUCAGGGUCGCAGGAACGAAUACUUAGGGACUGGCAAGGAGCCCUUUGCGUCACCGUUGCCCAAGAGCCCAAGGGCAGGGGGCGGGCGUUACGGGCGUCUUACUCUAGCAACGCACACCCCUUCCGCCAGCGAGCGCGAGCUGGCGGCGCCGGGUCCUAGCGGCGCCCGGUCGGAAGCUCGGGGAUCGGCGGAGCUUCGGCGGCCUGCGCCCUUGGGCUCAGCCGCAGCCCGGAGCUAGGUGGCGGGAGGCGGGCGCAGAGGUACACCGAGCCCGGCAGUCGUUCGUUCCUCGGGCGGCAUGGCGGCUCUGGGCUCCACCAGGCUCUUGCUGGCCGCGUCGGCGGCGUUCGGGGCUGCAUCCCGACGUUGUUUCCUUCUCGCCGGAGCCCGAGCGGGAGCCGGGAGGCCGGGCUGGCACGGGUUGCCGAAGCAGGGGAGCGCCGCCUGCUCGGGGGCGAGCCGGUGCUUCAGCUUGUCGGCCCCGAGCCGGCGCAGCUCAGAAGAUAAAAUAACCAUUCAUUUUAUAAACCGUGAUGGUGACAAAUUAACCACCCAAGGAAAAGUUGGUGACACCCUACUAGAUGUUGUUGUUAAUAAUAAUCUAGACAUUGAUGGGUUUGGUGCCUGUGAAGGAACAUUGGCUUGUUCUACCUGUCACCUUGUCUUUGAAGACCACAUAUUUGAAAAGUUAGAAGCAAUUACUGAUGAGGAGAAUGACAUGCUUGAUCUCGCCUAUGGACUAACAGACACAUCACGCUUGGGCUGCCAAAUCUGUUUAACAAAGUCUAUGAACAAUAUGACUGUUCGAGUACCUGAAGCAGUUGCUGAUGCUAGGCAAUCCAUAGAUCUGGGCAAGAACUCAUAAAGUGCAGUCAAUAAGAACAUUUUCAUGGAAUUUACCUAGAUUUUUGUAAUUAUUGUGUAUGUAAUUAAAUGAGAACUUGCCAAGUAGAAUUUAUUGUUAUUCCUAACUUUGAUAUUUUAAUUUACUUUAUAAAACUACUGUAUUUUGUAAUUCUUAAAAAUUAUGCAGCCUUUUAUUUUGUUAAAUUUCAAAUUGUUAUAAAAAUUCACAUAAUAUUACCUUAUAUUUGUGUAGUGUUUUCAACUUUUUAUAUUACCUCAUUGUAUACUCAUUAUACUCUAAGAAGUAGGUAAGUCAGGUGGUAUUAUAAACUAAUUGAAAAGUACUGAAUCACAGAACACUUGUGAUGUGCCCAACAUAGCAAGUUAUACAGCUGACAUAAGAACAUAGGUGUCUUGGCUCCUUGAUUUUUUUUUAGUAGACUCUUCACCAUCAAAUUAGAAUAAAGUAGGAGAAAUUAUAAAUUUUCUAUUAAGAAUUAUAUGUGUAUUGAUGUGGAAAAAUACAUAUUUGCUCAGUGAGCAAUUUUAUUUUCUGAAUGUGUUAGAAUAGAUGUAAUGAUAAUUGUCUGCCUCUUAAUAUGACCUUUUAGAAUAUAAACAUUUAGGAUAAUUUGAACAUAGGUGCUAUUAUGUCCUAUGACAAAUCUGGUCUUGAUACUAAAAAGGCUAAAAGAAUACUUUAAAGGAAAUUAAAAUUCUUGAUUUUUUUCUAAGCAAAGUAAUGUGAAUAUUUGUAAUCUUUCCUAAGUGUUUUUUGAUUUGUAAUACUCAUUAAAAAUAGGAUGGAAUCUUUUUAAAGUUCACCCUUUUUUCUGUAGAACCAGAAAAGGGGAAAAAAAGGCAGUAAUUUUCAUGGGCAUUGCAAUAUGUCAGUUGUAUAUAGAAGCAAGUUGGAAUUUUCAUUUUUCUUCACAGUAAAUAAGUAGUAGUAGAUUACACGAUAUAGCUUUUGAAACUAGAAUAAAAUUUUAUGAAUCUGGAAUAAUUGAGGAAAACUAACUUCAGUUAAUUAAAUUAAAUUAACAAUGGUUUUAAAGAAAUACAGGAUUAUUACCUUAGGCCACAAGUGGCAACAUGAACGAUUAUUGCUCAACAAAGUUAUUUCUUUAUCUAUUUAAUAUAUAAAAACUUUAAUUAUGUUAAACGUUCCUCUCCUAGCCUUGCUUAUUCUAUUGAUUUGUUUAGCAAUCUCUUCUCUGUCAUAGUCUUGAAAUGAACUUAAGUAUAAGUAGUAGUUAAAUUUAUCACAUGUUCCAAAUUAAUGGGAUCCAAAUUUAAAAUGUUCUAUUGUAUUUUUUUGAGAAUCACAGAAUUGAAGAAUUGGGGAGAACCUGCAAGGUAAUCUUGUUUAACCCCUCUUUCUGAAUCAUGAACUGCUUCUUAUUUGAUGCUUAGAGACUUAUAGGGACUAAGAACUUAUUGUUUAGCAAGCAUUUUUUGAUAGCCCUAAUUGUUGAGAAGUGCUCCUUUAUCUUUAGCUAAAACUAUCCUUUUCAACUUCCAGGGCCAAACAAAACAGAAUCCUUUACUGGUUUUCAUAAAAAUCAUAGCACUCCAUUUCAAAAGUUUGAGGUUUACAUUUAUAGGGAUAAAUUAAUUUUUAAAGAGCUUAACUUUAGAGCUUUUCAUCCACAUAUGAAAAAAAUCUGAUUUUUUUUCCCCAUUAUUUUUGUUCUUCUGGGCUAGUUAACUAGCCUUUUUCCACCCAUUCAUUUUAACAUUUUGAAAGAUCAUUUUUUGUAGUGGUUUAUUUUGGUUUAGUAGAGAAUAUUUAGUUUUAAUUUGUAGUUUCUAACAUUUCUUCUAUUGAUAGCACAGUACUAUUGAUUUAAAUGGCAAGGACUGGUCAGAGAUCUACUUCAAUUCCAUGCAACCUUAAAUUAUAUUUCCUGGCCACUGCUCACUUAAAAGCACAUUUCAUAUUCUAUGAAAUUCUGCUAAAUUUAAGACCCACUGUUUCCUUUGCAUACAAUAAUACAUUUAGCAAACACAACAUAGGUUUUUUAAAAAAUAAUAUAUAUAUAUAUAUUUGGUGGAGUUCAAACCACACAAUGAUUAGAUUUCAUUGUAAUGAUAUGGACUAAUUUUUGUGAUCCAAGUAACAAUGCUCUUUCCACUAUAGCUUUAUCACUGUCUCAUAGUGGAGUGAGGUUAAACCUGGGAGUUAGAAAGUCUUGCCUUGGAAACAUACUGUGUGUAUGAUCGUUCGCAAAUUAAUCAACUUCACAAGUGCCUUCAUAACUCAAUAAGCCUAUAAAUUACAUGCAAUUUAUCAGUCUAUUUCCUCUUUUUUAAUUUUUGAGCUGAGUGGCCUGUAUGGUCCUUCUAAGUACUUAAAUCUGUUAUGAAUCUGCAGUUUGAGUUAGUGAAGAGAGUUUAUACACUGGGAGUUUUUUAAUCCAAUAAAAUCACUAAUAAAUGCAAAAGUGUUUAUUUUAAUUAUCAUGUAGUAGCAUUUCAUUCAUAUAAUAAAAAUAAAAGAUUGAUUUAAUAUAUAUCAUGAAUAUUCACAGUUUCAUGGUGCAAUUACCGUUUAACAUCAGAUCAGUUAACAUCAAUGUUUUGUUUUUCAGAGUUAUAGGGAAGAGUGUCUAAUAAAGUUAUUAAAAUACA